AGAAAAGCACCAAAGAGUCGCAGGAUUGUGUCUGCUGUAGAUCUGAAGGAGUCAAAUUCCUGAACACGUAGGAGCUGCAGCAGGACGCAUGACGCAUGACGCAGGGCGCAGCAGCGGCCGACUAACGGAUUACUGAUCGAUCAUCGACCUGACCAGACAACCUAGAUCUCCUUCCGCAGCCUUUACUCCAUAACGGAUAUAUCUCUUUAUUUCCCAGCUUUGCUUUAUUUGCAGAAACAUGACAAAAGGAGCAGCUUUUCUUUUCCGCCUGUGGAAGCGCGACUGAACUUUUUUUUGUGUUUGACGCACAGAGGAGGAAAAAGUAAGAAUCUAAUCAACUUGAAUUUAGAGAAAAAGAACAAAAACAAAGUGGUUUUAGUGUUGAAUAAAGCGUUUGGAAAAUUAAACACACGAUAAUUAUAACAAUUAACAACAACAACAAAAAAAGUGUUUAGUUUCCAGAGCGGAAAUGAGAUCAGUCCAUAUGUUUGGCUCCAGUUUUUCUAAAACAUGGUGGAUGUUUGAUUCCUGGUGUAUCUGACUUUUCCAUGACUUCUGAACAUUUUAAAUAUUUUGAUUUUUAACAUGAUUAAAGGAAAAAUGUUUGCCGGGCUGAUGGGACUGGACUGUCACCUGAACUCACUGCAACACCGGUGCGAAGGAGCUGAAGGUGGCAAAGCAUCCGGGACAGCUGGCAACUCUGGCCGUAAGAGGCUCCACAGGAGGCCAGGGUACAUGAGAGGAGAGCAGGCCAGGCUGCAGUGCACAGCUCUUGCUCAGGAGGAUGAGGAGGAGGAGGAAGAGGAGAGCAUCGCUUGCAUUAGGAAAGGAAAAUCUGGACGUCGCACUGAUGUCACCGAGGCAACCACAGUUCAAGUGUUGAGUCAAACUCCUGCUGUUAAAAUGUCUUUAAUGAACAAUCAGCGUUACACAAAAUCUACUGGUUCACAUAGUAAAAACGGACCCGGCUCUGUAAAUGGAGUUCAGAACCCAGCGGGCCACCUGGUCCAAUCCUCUCCGUCUCAGAAUGAACUCUAUCCAAGCUUGCAGUCUUCGUCUCAGGACUCUUUUAACUCAAGUUUUAGCUUCAUCCAGCAGUCCCUUAGCUGUAUCCAGAGGACAGAACCAGAAGCAACAAGUCAACCAGCUAAUUUCGAAAAAAGAGGAGAGGUAUCAACCUGCAAGCACAUUCCUUUAAAGCAGUCAUCUCCCACCCAGUCACUGCCACCCUCGGCUCCAGGCAGUCAGUUCCACAGGGAGGAGCAGUCAUGUGCGGGGAGAAGCUGUCGGGACUCUCUGUCGGGUGGCAAAGAGGAAAUUCCUCACCUUCUAAACUGUGAGUCCCAACCUCUUGACAUAGAGGUUAUUUCCUCCCUGUCUGUGGACUCGGACACGGCCUCUGCCUCCUCUGUCACCUCUGGCUAUGAAAGCGCCACGCCUGCCUCGGAGCAAGGCUGGGAGAUCAUGGUGAAGAAGUACGAAGGGGUACUACAAGACUGCCUCCAAAACAACCGCGCUUACACCAAGAUCGAGUCCAUGAUGAUGAAGCUUCAGAGGCUCCAGCAGAAAGCCAUUCUGGAUGACGACUAUGAUGCAGCUGAGCGGUUUGGGAAGAAGCUGGAGGAGCUGUGCAGAGAGCGUGGAUCUCUAAAACUGGGUUUACCCUCCAUGCAGCCCAGUGUGGCUCUGUUCCUCGAGAGACUCACAAAGGUGGUACACAGCGCCCUCCAGAGGGCAGACUGCAGCCAGUGCAGAGAGGCGUCUGAACCAGACUCAGUGGAGCAGCCUGACCUGCUGCAGGCCGCAGUGCAACGAAGGGAUCACUUGAUUCAAGAAAAACGUCUGGUUGAGACUCCCUCAAUGCUCUUGGAUCUAUGUUCUGAAAAGGAUUCUGUGUUGGAGAGACCGACCCACCAGACCCCGGCCGUCCCUCUUCAUCAGGAGCUCAGUGCGCUCCACUCCAAUGUACAAAACAAACAAACAAACGAGGGACUCCAAGAACAGGAGCAGGCACUAAACCUUUCAAUAAAGGAAGCUACAGCGAAGGUGGUCAUGAGUCAGAGACUGGGCAGCAGCCUAAGGAGAAAAGUCAGUGAGACCGAAACACAGCUUUUGACUCUGCAUGAAGCCAAACUGGCGGCCAUAUCUGGUAAUGACUUUGGCUGUGCCAAGGAGUUGAAAGCUGAGAUGAAGGCGGUGUACCUGGAGCGGGACCGGCUGGAGGCCCUGGCCAAGAGACUGCACAACCUCAGCUCGGGGAGCAGCCAGGAGCUGAGCAGGAUGAAGGAGCAGCGACAGCAGCUCAGACAGGAGCUGGAGGAGAGGGAGGCCUUGCAUGAAAGCCAGUUGAAAGAGAACACCACCAAAUAUCUGGAGCUGUUGGAGGACAGAUUGCACAGCUGUGACUGUCCUGGGUUGGAGCGUAUCUGGGAAGCUGACCUGGAAGCUUGUCACCUGUUUCUGCGAGGUCUGCAAUUGCGAACAUCCAGCUGCGGUGCAGCAAACAUGGACGACAUCCCUGCUGCAACAGUUUUUGCCUCAACCGAGCCUAGCAACAAAGAGGAAGAAGAAGAAGAUUGUGCAAUGCUUACUGCUUUAGGAGGUCGUUGGUGUCCUGAGGCCAACCUACAGAACUCAGAGUUCACAAAGAAGCUGGAGGAGUUUUUGUUCUGCAUGGAGGAAAAUCACCCAGAGGAUGUGUGCAGCGAGGCCGAUGCUACAGACCUAACGGAGCGCUGUGAGCUGAUCGGUGACAGACUAAUGGCCCUGGAGGACAAACUGCAGACAGCUAUACUGAAUCGGGAUCUAGCCCUCACCCAGUCUUUGGAAAAAGAAGUUCAGGAAGUAAAAUCCACUUUACAAAGCAUGCUCGCGCAACUGCAGAUGGAAGAAGAGGAAGCGGGGCUGUCGGAUGAGUUGAUAAAUGAUGAAUCUAAAGUGCAAGUAGAGGCAACAGAAGAAGAGGAGGAAGAAGAAGAAGAGGAAGAAGAGGACCAAUACUUCAGUGACAGUUGGGAUAUUUAAGGUGGAUGCCUAAAGUGUUUUGGGAGCCCAGCCCAGGAUGGGAUGAUGGGAGCAGAACCUCAGUGCAGAAGCAGAUCUGACCUCAGAUCAGUUUACUACCAGCCUCUGGUCUGAAAGUAUAAACUACACAGUGCCUUACAAAGGGUUUAUAUCCUGGAACCUUUUUUCACAUUUUGUCAUAUUAGAACCACAAACCUUUGAGUAUUUCACUGGACGACACUCAUCAACAAACGCUAGAGCUGUAGCAUAAAAUUUAAGGAAAUCAUGUAUGCUUUAUAAAGUCUUAACAAGAAAAAUCUUAAUAGUUGCCUCCUGAGUUGCACAGCAGUUAUAGCUUUAAAAAAAAUUAUUCUAUCUGCCAGUUCAUGGAGAACAGCUAUAAAUAUACAUUUUAAGUUUUACCUUGCACUAAAAUGCUUUUAAUUUGAUUUUAAUUGGACCAUAUAUAUAAUUGCAUUUAGAUCUAAACCCUUAAAUUAAAGCUCUGCCCGGCUGUUUAGGGUUCUCCAAGCGUCUUAUAUUAGAUUUUGAACCACAAACAGAUUUUCUUUGAGAAUGGACGUGGAUUUAACUCCUCCUAUCUUCACAUCAACCUCUUUCUCUUCUGUAGAGAGCAAUCCCCCUUUGAUAAUGCUGCCUCCACCAUGUUUUAUACUGGGAUAAUGUAAUAGUGUGUAGUGUGUUCUACCACACAGUUUGUAACUGGCCUAAAUUUGAUCACCUCCUUCCACAUUUUACUGUGCCCCCUGCAUGAAUCGUAGAAACCUGAAGCAGCACACAUUUUGGCGCUGUUUAAAUAAUGCUUUUAUUUUUUCUACUACGCCAUAAUGGCAGUUUUAUUAUUUGCAGUACAAGUAAUAACAACAUAAACAGAUUUCCAUACCUUGUCUCUGCAUCUCCUCCAGUUAUCAUAAGCCUCUCAGACAAAUUCACUGAUAAUUGUUGAUAGGCAUCCAUUUGGCUUAUAAUCUUUUUAAUCUAAAUGAUAGAUUGAACUGCACUGCAAUAUAAUAAAACAGUUGCUUAUUGCUUUAUAACCUGAUCCUGCUUUAUGGUUCAUUUGGUUUAGUGAUAGACCCCAAUUUGAAACCUCUAUAGAUAAUUAUUCCUAUUUAAUUAUGUUGAUUUGUUACAUCAAAUACUUAGAAAUGGUUUGUGGUCCAAAUGUGAAAAGAUGUAAAAAAUGUCCAAGAGGUAUUAAUGCUUACCAAACAAAGUUAUUUCAAAUAUAUGAAGGAUCUGAAGGAAACAAUGCUUAUGAGACACUUGUUACUUUUUUUUUUUUUAUUGUUUCUUUAACCACUUUGGAUCUUAAUUGAUAAACAUUGCUGUGACAGUUUAAUAUGUAGUCUUACUUUUGUUAGUUUUGAUUUCGCAAGCUAACAGAGCCUUUAACUCUUGUCAGCAGCAGAAAUUAAAUUCUGCAAGGACAAUCCGAACAGUUAUAACUGUUAACUUGUUUUUUUUGCACACAAACUAACGUUAAUGUCCUAAUUCAGCAUCAGCAAACUACUUUUUCUGUUUCCUGUAAGGAUUAUUUGUACUUGCACAUAAUUGUGUUCAAUGAAGAACCCAUUUCUGUGGUGCUAAAAAAUGUGACUUAACUUAAACACUAUUUUUUGUGUGGAAAAUGCAAUAUUUGGGUUGUUUUGCUUUUUUUAUGCAGCAUGUACUGAGAAACAUGCUCUGAAUAAAAAUACUUAAUAUUAAGUUUCACUAUUUCUUUUGCUCCCUUCUGAUUACAUAGUAGUAUUUUACUUUGAAGUGUACUUUUAGAGACUACUUUUUAA